AUAUGUCUAUAGCUUUUUUAAAACUUAUUUCACUAAUCUUUCGAUUAGUGAGUUGGUAAAGGGCGCUUAUCAGUUGAACCUGAAAAAAAGAACUAACUUUGGUCGAAUGAUCCCGGCAAUUUUGAUUAACAGUAGUAAGAAACAAAAUUAACCUUAAUUAUUGUAGUCUUUCUAGAAUUCAAUCUUAAAUAUUUGUUGUAAAUUAUAACUAUAUUUAACAAAAAAAAAUCAAAAAUGUCUGCUCCAGGUACAGCAAUCGAGUCUUUAACUGCAGCCAUGAAGUGCAACAUAAUACCAAACCAAGAGUAUUUGUUGCAAGGAUCUGUGUUAGAUCAGUAUGUGGAAGUCUUAUUGCACAGGUUGCGGGGCUUGUGUGAUAACGUUGACAGUGGUCCAGAAACUUUUCACGAUCGUGAACUUUGUUUUACCUUGAGAGCUGCCAACACAAACACUCCUAUGGUACUUCCUCUUAGAGUAAGAAAAGCUUUAGAUGUGAAUGAUGCUCCCUACCAGUUGCGGUAUGUCGGUCAACAAGAGUUAGGGGACAAAAAUCGACCUACCAUAGUCAGAUCAUGUAUAGAUAUGGCAUGUAGUUCUACUAUUUUGGAAUUUUUAAAUGAAUUGGGUUGUCGGUUGGAUUUUGAAUAUAUUGCCAGAGGUUAUAUGUUCAGGAAAGGCAGAAUGAAAAUUACAGUGUCCAAAAUAUUUAAAAUUAAUGGCAUAGGAAAUAAACCAGGAGAAGGAGUUGAACCUAUUUCACAAAGCUAUUUAGUGGAGUUAUCGGUUCAAGCGCCAUCAGGACAAGAUGCUAUUGCUGAAGAUAUGAGAGUUUUUGCAGAACAGUUGAGACCUUUAGUGCAGUUAGAGAAAAUCGAUUUUAAACGUUUGAUAUGAAUGUGAUUUAGUAUGGCAAAUAUCAGUUCGGUUGGCAAAAUAUAUACUUUUGUAACAAUAAAAAACACACUGUAGCACCUAUUCCAAUAUAUUAGUGAUAUUAUCCA